AUGCCUGCGUCAAAGUGGUCUACACCUGAAGAGCUCGCAGUCGAUGAAGCUGCCUUCAUCAAGCUGAUGCAUUGCCUCGCUGGUGUAUACUUCUGGGAAUUCCUUAUUUCUCUCGAUUUCGACUGGGAGUUGAUCACCGGCAAGAAGAAGUUCCAAUGGCCAUUGAUAUUCUACCUGCUCGGUCGAUACUGCCUAUUCUUCGCCCUGAUCGGCAUCCUGAUCGCCCUUGACGCCACAACGGAGCUCAAUUGCCAGGCAUUGUACACCUUCGAUCAACUCGCGGGCGAUGCCGCAGUGGGACUCGCCUCGAUCAACCUGUCGAUCCGGACAAUGGCGGUUUGGUCACAGAACCGUUGGAUCGUCAUCCCUCUCGUCCUCGUCAUUCUCGGUCACUGGUCCCUGAUUCUCCAGGGUGUCCUCCUCACCGCUGAAUGGAUUCCUGGUCAAGGCUGCGCGAUCACGAAGGCGAACAACACCACCCUCGCGGCAACGUUCAUCUAUUCGAUGUGCUUCGACGCCCUGGUCAUGGUAUUGAGCGUGGUCAAGCUCUGGGGGCGCUCGCAGCGCUCGCAGCUGGUGUCCAUCCUCUUCAAGGACGGCCUCAUCUACUUCCUUGUCGCGCUGCUCGCGAACUCGAUCGCGACGGCGUUCAUGGUCCUCAACCUGAACGCGAUCAUGGCCAUCAUCUUCAACGUCCCCGCCGCCAUCGCGUCCACCAUCGUCGCGUGCCGCGCCGUCCGGCGCCUCUCCAACUUCGCCAACAACGGCCCCGAGAUCUACACGACGAGCGCCAGCCACUCGGGCGGGGUCGGCUUCCGGAGUGCCGCAGCGCAGAUGACGAGCAACCACGGCGUCACGUCGCGCCCAGCGCCGAGGCACACGAAGGACCUCAGCUCGGGGGUGCACGUCCAGAUGCAGACGUUCACGAUCGAGGAGGCCCCCGAUAACCUGCGCCCGAAGGCGCUCGACCUCGAGUCUGCCGGCUCGGAGACGGACGUGGGCAGCCCCGUCGACGACCGGGACUACAAAGCGGAGGCGCUCUGA